ACUCAAACCUUUCCGGCGGAAGUUGGGCUCACGGCAUUGUCACAAAAGAAAUGGCGAGCGGUAUCGGCAAACACAAGAUACUGAAUGUGGGGCCAACGGAGCCCUGGUCAGUCAGGGAGAAACUGUGCCUGGCCUCCUCAGUCAUGAGGAGUGGUGACCAAAACUGGGUGUCUGUAAGCAGAGCCAUCAAGCCUUUCUCAGAGCCUGGUCGUCCGCCUGACUGGUUCUCACAGAAGCACUGUGCCUCACAAUACUCUGAAUUGCUGGAAGCUACUGAAGCACCAAAGCGUAAGCGUGGUGAGAAAGGUGAGGUUGUCGAGACCAUUGAAGAUGUCAUCGUUCGUAGGCUGACCACUGAGAGGAUAGAGGAGCUGAAAAAACUACUACGAGACACACAAGAGCAGUACAGGAAGUUGAAGAAGGAGGUGGAUCUGAUCCAGACAGGUCAUAUGGACUCCCAGCUGAAGGAGCUGUGGGCAGAGAUCACACUAAAGAAGAAGCAGGAUGAGGAGGAAGCAGAGCAGAAGAGAAAAGCAACAGAAACGGCGUACCAAGCUCGUCAGGCGGCGAAAAACACACCUAAGCGUCUGCCCAGUGUAACUGUGCGUUCUCCUCUGGGUGCCAGCCCGCCGACGCUGGAUUCUCAGGCCGACUCUUCAGUCCCCACACCGCCCAUGGACACAGGAGGUGUUGCCACCGACGACACCACCACCCACUCAGUUGCCCAGGGGGUCGCAGUGUUUCUACCUGCAACGGACGCUCCAGGUCCCGGGCCCAAAGAUGGAGGCCUGUCUGCUCUAGUAGAUGACUCACCACAGAAGAGGCUCCUGGCCCAGAAAGCCACACCGCCGCCCUCACCUCUUCUGUCAGAACUGCUGAAAAAAAGCAACCUCAUGUCAGCUGGCUCCCGCCUGGUGGCGGAGGGAGACUCGACUGGAAACCUCACCAAUGGACUACAGACAGCCACUGCAGCCACUGCCUUACCACCUGGUCAUGAGGUCAUCACAGAGGGUGAAGCAGAAGCAGAAGCUGCAGUGAAGGCAGAGCUCGGUGAGGAGACGGGAUUAGUAGAAGAGGACCUUGUAGCGGUGUCUUAUAUGGGAGACGAACUGGACCUGGAGACAGUAGGAGACAUCAUCGCCAUCAUAGAGGAGAAGGUCGAUGACUCUGUGGAGGCUUUGGAUGCAGCAGCGGUAGAAGCAGCACUCUCUCUGUGUGAAGAGGCUGUUUCAGAGGGACACACUCUCCCUGGCCCCUGGGAGACCCAGGAGCUGAAGGCUUCAGAUCCUACACCCACAGUCCAGGACUCCAACCCCACACAGGAGUCUCAGGAUGUCACCGCGAUGUCAGCCCCGACUCCUGCGAGCACAGAGACCCAGAACCAACCAGAGAUUAAAAGAGAAGAGCAGAUUAAGGGAAACUGUGAGGGACCUGAGGUGACAGGAAGUCAUGUCACUUCUUCUGUCGCCUCUGAUGACGGCGCUACAGGAAUUGAGGUUACGGAGGAGGGGGCGACAGGGAAGGAGGCCACUGAAGCAACAGUGAAAAGUGAAGGAGAGGAGUGGAGCCAGCCUGAGCCCAACCCGCCAUGUCUAGACUCUGAGGACAGCUCUGUGUCUGGAAAAGAGUCCAAGGAGGUAAAGGAGGAGGAGGCCGGCAGUGAGGGUGACCCUGAAGAAGGGAUGGAGUUGAAGGAGGAAUCUGGGGAAGGGCCCUAUCUGUCUGAGGUGGAGCGGGCUGCCAGCGAGAGUGAAGACGGCUACGGCCCCCCCUCACAACGCUACACGGCCGAUUCACUGGCCAGCAGCCCGGCUUCUUCAUCCCAGCUAUCUACAUGUGGUGAGGACCAGGAGGCAGUGCAGGCGCAGAAGAUCUGGAAGAAAGCCAUUAUGCUGGUGUGGAGAGCUGCAGCCAACCACAGGUAUGCCAGUGUCUUCCUGCAGCCUGUGUCAGAUGACAUUGCCCCCGGUUACCACAGCAUCGUACACAGACCCAUGGACCUGUCGGCCAUAAAAAAGAACAUUGAGUCCGGCGUGAUCCGUACGACAGCGGAGUUCCAGCGAGAUAUCAUGCUGAUGUUUCAGAAUGCCGUCAUGUACAACUCGUCGGACCACGACGUGUACCACAUGGCGCUGGAGAUGCAGCGUGACGUCCUGGAGCACGUGCAGCAGUUCCUGGCCACGCAGCUCAUCAUGCAGACGUCAGAGAGUGCCAUCUCCGCCAAGAGCCUCCGCGGGAGGGAGGGAAACCGUAAGCCAGGAGAGCCAGCUGAGAAGGACAGUGUCCCAAUGGCCUCUCCUGCUUUCCUUCUCUCUCUCUUUGUAAGUAUUCAGGUUCUCCCUCAGAUUUCACCAGAACCAGGCCACGCUCCGCACACGCUUGUCUCAAUGCAAACAAACACACACACAGUAUACACAUCAGUCUGUUCCCCUCAUCUCUUUUCUUUGCUUUCUCUCUCUGUCCAGUUGUAUAUUGGUGGCAGUAAAUAAACCUGCUGUAAAAAAAAAAAAAAAAAAGUAGAAAGGAUUUAAAUAUUUAUAUUAUUGGUGUUAAUCAAUAAUAUAACUGGAAAAACUAACCGGUUGCCAUUCAGGUAAUUUAAAAGCACCAUGACAAGUAUAUAAGCCAUCAUUAAUGAAAUAUUAUUCUGGGUUUAUAGUCUGAAUAUUAACAAAAGUCAAGCUUUAAAAUAUUUUAUUUUUCCGCUACACUACUUCCUGCUCAACAUGUGUCUUGGGCACAAUUUAAAUAAAAGAAAAAAAUUGACAGGGUCCAUAUCAAAAUGUUUAAUGUGUUAAUGUUAAAAAAGAAAAAUACAAUUGGCUGAUGUGGGAUAUUUUGAACUCCCAAAUAUUGAUAUCAAAUCCAGCAUCAGUUAAAGAACAACUAUUAAAUUAUAAACAAUAAAUUAUAAACACUUGAAACUGUAAAUAUUCUAGACUUUUCUAAAGAAAUCAAAUGUACACAAUAUUAUUUAUUGAUAGUUAAAUUUGUGAGUGUGGUUUGAUCAGAUUUUAUUCACAUUUGUCUGAUAACAUUAUCAAACAGCCUCGCAACAGUUGUUGUUUUGAUUCGAAUAUUCCUUAAAACUGAUUGGUGCACACAAGUACAUGACAUCACCUUUUAGUAAGUGAGUCCCGCCCACUUCAACCAGUAAGACGAGCAGAGAAAAACGCAAAUACAGAAAUGUUUUAACUUUGCGAGACACCUUCAAUAGAAUUUAAUGGCUUUUAGAAAAGGUCAGAUUUUUAUUUUUUUAGUUUUAGUUCGCUCAGACACAGAAGUUUCCUUCACGUGUCAGACUUUGGACUUUUUCUCUAACGUUUAUAUGUUUUCCUGUUUAUGGAAAGUAGAUAUCUAGUCCAUCAGGUUUUACAACUGGUGUGACUAAAGCUACUAAACUUUAGUAUCACAUACUUAGUAGUACUGAAGAAAAUGAACACACACUGUCGGUGCUCAGUCGUAUUCAGCUGUACAGAUGUGUGUCAAGGAUCUGAAUUAAAGGUCACCUUUCCCUCUCCCUCUUGCUCUUACAGUUUCUCACAUGCUCUCACACAUCACUGUCUGUGUCACCCUCAUAAAAUUUAAGUUGUGUUUGGACACAAUAUUCUCACCACACACACACACACACACACACACACACACACACACACACACGUAAACACACAGGCUCCAGUAACCUUUCAUCACCCAAGCUUCCGUCGACCUUCGGUUAAUGACCCCAUGCCGGUUUCCUGUGUUUUUCUGUUUACGUGCGAUUGUCCGUGUCUCUGCAUGUUCUAAUUUCUUUUCUCCUUCUUUUCGUUUUAAAUCUUACUUUUUCUUUCUCACCAUUAUUUAUUAUUUUUUAUGUUCUUCAUUUGGGGAGGAAGCCUUCCGAAGUGGACUGUGCUGUGUUUUUGUGCGGAGCUCAAUCACGUGAGGAGGUCCGCCACAGGGCCUCCCUUCACGCUGUCCAGCUGACCACUGACCUUUCCACUCUUAUGUUAAUUCUUUCUCCUGCUCUCAUUUAUUUUCUUUUUCCCCGUUUCUCCUCAUCUUUCUC